GCGCGGCAAGCAUUACCGCGUCCUGUGUGCAGGAGCUAAGAGAGUACGUAGCCGCACAAAGCAUCCGAUAUCUCGUCAACAAUAAAUAGAACUUUCUAAUAUUUUUGGUGCGCGAGACGAAUGGUAAGCAGAAAUAUAUUUGCAAUUGAGGUUAAUUCAUCGAACCCACACGAUACUCAAGAUGUCGAUUGGUGUGCCCAUCAAAGUGCUUCAUGAGGCCGAAGGUCACAUCAUAACCUGUGAAACCAACACCGGUGAGGUCUACCGCGGCAAACUGAUAGAAGCCGAAGACAACAUGAACUGUCAAAUGCAGAACAUUACAGUGACUUAUCGAGAUGGCCGAGUCGCUCAAUUAGAAAAUGUAUAUAUACGAGGGUCGAAAAUACGAUUCCUCAUACUGCCAGAUAUGCUGAAGAAUGCACCCAUGUUCAAACGACCUGGUGGCAAAGGUUCCGGCACUGCUGGUAGAGGAAAAUCUGCAAUAUUACGUGCUCAAGCUCGUGGCAGAGGAAGAGGACAGAAUCAAAGAGGCAAAGGCACUGGCUCAGCACCUUGGCUUAAUCAGCAAGGACAACCUGGUGGAUCCCAGGCUGGAAGAGGCAGAAAUUGAGUUAAAUAAUAAAAUGUACAUAUGUUUCUAAUAUUAAAUACAAUUGUGACUUUAUUUAAA